CCACCUCCUCACCCUCAUCACCUCUCCGGUAGACGGGCUUUCUGCCCCGCGAGCUUCCGCAGUUAUUCUCACAACUUUCCAAAUGGAUCUAAAACUAUCUUCGCUUUUCUUUUACCUUCAUGUCAUCACUGUGAACUGUAACCCCGGGCCGUUAGUGGAUGUUGUGAUCGAUAGGUACGACAUACCGAGAUUUUGUCCUCGAGAAGUGCAGACAGAAGACUUUAUCCGUUAUCAUUUUAACGGUACCUUCUAUGCAGACGGGAAAAAGUUUGACUCCAGUCAUGACCGAGGCAAAGCCUUCAUCAGCCAGGUCGGCCUGGGCAGACUCAUCACAGGGAUGGACCGCGGCCUCCAGGGCAUGUGUGUCAACGAGCACAGGAGGAUCACAAUCCCCCCACACCUGGCUUAUGGAAGCGUUGGAACAGGUGGCAUAAUACCUCCUGACGCUGUGUUGGUGUAUGAUGUUCUCCUGCUGGACAUAUGGAACACUGAGGACAAGGUCCAGAUCCGCACACUCAGCAAACCUGCGAGCUGCAACCGCACCACCGUGGCGUCGGAUUUUGUGCGUUACCACUAUAAUGGCACCCUGCUGAAUGGCACGGCCUUCGACUCCAGUUACUCGAGGAAUGCAACCUAUGACACCUACUUGGGACAGGGCGACCUCAUCAAAGGCAUGGAAGAGGGUCUUUUGGGGAUGUGUGUCGGGGAGAGAAGAUUUAUCAUCGUCCCACCCUUCCUGGCAUAUGGAGAGAGCGGCUAUGGAACAAAGGUCCCCCCUCAGGCUACACUGGCGUUCGAGGUGCUGUUGGUUGAUAUGUUCAACCCUAAGGAUGAUCUGAUUGUGGAGGUGAAGGAGGUGCCUGAAGGCUGUGUCCGCAGGACAGUGACUGGAGAUUACAUCCGCUACCACUACAACGGUACCUUCCAGGAUGGGACUGCCUUCGAUUCGAGCUACAAGCGAAACAGCACCUAUAACACAUACAUCGGCAAGGGAUAUGUGAUCCGAGGGAUGGACAAAGCCCUACAUGGGCUAUGCAUGGGAGAGAAGAGAAGGAUUACGAUCCCUCCUCACUUGGCGUAUGGCGGAGACGGAGUCGGAGAUUUCAUCCCUGGCUCUGCUGUGCUGGUCUUUGACAUUCACGUCAUUGACUUCCACAACCCCAAAGACCAAGUCGACGUUAAAGUUACCCACAAGCCUGAGGAAUGCAAAGUGACCAGUGAAGCUGACGAUUUGAUCCAGUAUCGUUACAAUUGCUCGUUGAUGGACGGCACCCUGCUGUACUCCUCGGACCAGUACGACUCGCCCUCCAUCACGACUCUCGGAGCGAGCAAGGUGAUAGCAGGUCUGGAGGAAGGUUUGAGUGGCAUGUGUGUCGGCGAGAAGAGGGAGGUGGUCAUUCCCCCACACUGGGGACAUGGUGAAAAUGGAGCUGGAGGAGUUCCCAGGAGUGCAGUGCUCUUCUUUGAGCUGGAGCUAGUGGAGCUGCAGAAAGGUGUGCCUGAAGGCUACAUGUUUGUGUGGCUGGGGGACGGCCCAGAUAACCUCUUUCCCGCUAUGGACCUCAAUGGUGACAAAGAGGUACCUUUAGAGGAGUUUUCAGCCUUCAUCAUGCUCCAAGUUAAAGAGGGCAAAGGACGUCUUCGGCCAGGGGUCAACGCCGACAGCAUCAUUAAGGACAUGUUCGAUAAGCAGGACCAUAAUAAAGACGGGAAGGUUGUAGAAGAUGAACUGGGUCUUGAGGUGGACGAGACUGAGCAAGCGAGACGAGACGAGCUGUAAAGGGGACACACAGUAUUUCAUUGUUGGUAAGGAACGCGUCUGCAGUGGUGGAGGUUAAACUGUCACCUUAGCAACUGUCGUGCAACUAUUUUGAAGAUGUUUCAGAGAUUGAAAGAUUGUUGAGCCUUUAUUUAAGACAGUCAGGCAGUUUGCUUUGAUAGAUUCUGUUAAAAUGUGUUGCUUACAGGAAGCAGGUGUUUGAAAAUGUGAAAGGGAAGAAAAAUGGUCAAGAGACAAAUUGUGUUGUGUUGAAAAAGGCACAUUUGAGUCAAAUAUUUACAUUGAACUUCCUAAAAAAAGCAUUUGGGCUGGGCCCUUUUUCAGAAUAUUACUUACUAAAAUUAGUGCCUCAUAUAAAAGGAUGAAACUCACUGGUUGUACUGUAUGUUUGGGAAUGGCUAGUUUGUACAAUAUUAGAAUAUCUAUUAUAGAAAAUUUUAUUACAAUUAUUACUGUGGAACAUAAAAUAAACUGUUUUAUAGUAAAAUGAACACCUGCUUUAUUUCUUCCACACUGUCUGUGUACGACCUCUUGAUUGGUUUGAUAAGCUUUAAUUUAGUGGCCUAAAUUUGAAUAAACAUUUUUCUUUCAUUUAAAUAUUUGUAAUGAAAUAUGACUAUCAGAGACAGACGAUCCACAUUUUAUUUCAGACAAAUUAGAACAAAUGAAGACGUUAUGAGUUUGGACCCAAGAAGAAAAGAAAUGCAUGUGACAUGUUAUUACAUGACAAAGCAUGGAUUUUUUAUGUAAAAAGCUUUGUAAAAAGUAAGAGACUUUGGAGUCAACUCUUUAAAAAUCACAAUUAAAAUUACUAUGAGGGUGAAAUCACGUACGCCUGGCUCUGUUUUACUUCUCUCUAUUUUGAAGGACCUACCAUACUAAGACAUUUUCAGGCUUUUUUAGUCAUGAUCUAAGAAUAUGACUUUUUGUUAUGCGAUUUUGGGCGACAUACUAUACUGUGACUUUUCUAUGUAUUUUCGGAUGACACACAAUACUAUGACUUCUUGAUGCUGUUUUUGACAGUUGAUGGUU